AUGGAGGUCGAUGGCGCGGAAGCCUCGAACAGAGAGGGCCCCUCACCAGGAGCCUUCUCCAGUCAUUCUCUCUCCGUAGGCAAGCCAGCCUCUUUUUUUCUAUCUUCUGCGGACGACUGCCUCAAUGCGUUCCCUCCCAACUUCAAGCUGGCCGUCAAAUUCCUCGAGAAGGGCCUAUCAAUACACCCCAGCAAUGUGGACCUGCUACAGCGCUUGGCGGGAGAAUAUGCAGAAACAGGCCAGACGCAAGAGGCCAAGCAGCUGCUAAACAAGGCAAUCGAGCUAGAGCCCUCCUCCGGCCCUCUCAAGUUCCUGCAGUUGGCGCAGCUAGAGGAUGGUGUCUCGUGUCUUUCGCUGUAUCGCAAAGCCAUUGAGAUGCUCGAAGCCGUGCUCUCCCAGUUGCUCGCCGCUCCUCCCCCGAACAAGCGCAAAAUGUGCAAAAGCUCGAAGGCUACAGUGGCUUCGAAAAGGGGGGACCCCACAGGCUCUCUGAAGCACCGGGAGGCGCAAGAAACGAAGACUCGUUUGGUGGGGGCUUACUGCGCUGUAGCAGAGCUGUACUUCACCGAUUUGUGCGACGAGGAAGAGGCGGAGAGAGAGGCAGAGAAGGCCAUCCAGAGAGCCCUUGAACUAGACCCAAAAAACCCUGAAGCGCUUCUGUGCGAUGCACAGUACAAGAAAGUCAUAGAUGACGCCGAAGGAGCUGUCGCUGCGGCGCAGCGAGUGUUUUCAUCUCUGAAGGCCACCCACGAACGGCUAAAUGCCGCCAGUCUCUUAGUGCCGGCGUCAGGCAACGAAGAGGAAGCACUGGAAGCGGGAGAUGAAGUCAGCGUGGAGACUCGCAUCAAUGCUUCGCGCCUCUUCGUCGACGUGGGGAUGCACCAGGAAGCCAUUGAAGUCCUUAAGGCCUGCCUCGAAGAGGACGAGGAGGACCCUCAGAUUUGGCUUGUUUUGUGUUGCGCGCUCUUCAAAGCCGAAGACUUCGGCUCGUGUCUACACUGCCUUGAAGGGCUGCGAGAGCGGCUGCUCCGGUGUGGCCUUCCCGACGACCAUCCAAUGGCGCAACAUGAGCAGAAGCUAAGGGAUUUAGUGCAACAAGGAAUCGCAAAACAGCAGCAGCAACACGAGCAGGACGGCCAACAACAAGCGAGCUCCUCUGAAGUUUCCUCCUCGGAUGAUGACGAAGGGAUGGACAUGGCAUAA